AUGCCCCUCGCCUCCCUGUGCCCACAGGCCCUUCUCCUCCUGGGGCUGAACCCCAUCUCCGCCUCCCUUCAGGACCAGCACUGCGAGAGCCUGUCCCCAGCCAGCAAUAUCUCUGGACUGCAGUGCAAUGCAUCCGUGGACCUCAUUGGCACCUGCUGGCCCCGGAGCCCCGCGGGGCAGCUGGUGGUUCGACCCUGCCCUGCCUAUUUCUACGGUGUCCGCUACAACACCACAAACAAUGGCUACCGGGAGUGCCUGGCCAAUGGCACCUGGGCCGCCCGCGUGAACUACUCCGAGUGCCAGGAGAUCCUCACCGAGGAGAAGAAGAGCAAGGUACACUACCAUGUCGCUGUCAUCAUCAACUACCUGGGCCACUGCAUCUCCCUGGUGGCCCUCCUGGUGGCCUUUGUCCUCUUUCUGCGGCUCAGGAGCAUCCGAUGCCUGAGAAACAUCAUCCACUGGAACCUCAUCUCGGCCUUCAUCCUGCGCAAUGCCACAUGGUUCGUGGUCCAGCUCACCAUGAGCCCUGAAGUCCACCAGAGCAACGUGGGCUGGUGCCGGUUGGUGACAGCCGCCUACAACUACUUCCACGUGACCAACUUCUUCUGGAUGUUUGGAGAGGGCUGCUACCUGCACACGGCCAUCGUGCUCACCUACUCCACCGACCGGCUGCGCAAGUGGAUGUUCAUCUGCAUCGGCUGGGGUGUGCCUUUCCCCAUCAUCGUGGCCUGGGCCAUUGGGAAGCUCUACUACGACAACGAGAAGUGCUGGUUUGGCAAAAGGCCUGGCGUGUACACCGACUACAUCUACCAGGGCCCCAUGAUCUUGGUCCUACUGAUCAAUUUUAUCUUCCUUUUCAACAUCGUCCGCAUCCUCAUGACCAAACUUCGGGCAUCCACCACGUCUGAGACCAUUCAGUACAGGAAGGCUGUGAAGGCCACUCUGGUGCUGCUUCCCCUGCUGGGAAUCACGUACAUGCUGUUCUUCGUGAACCCUGGGGAGGACGAGGUCUCCCGGGUCGUCUUCAUCUACUUCAACUCCUUCCUGGAAUCCUUCCAGGGUUUCUUCGUGUCUGUGUUCUACUGUUUCCUCAACAGCGAGGUCCGCUCUGCCAUCCGGAAGAGGUGGCACCGAUGGCAGGACAAGCACUCCAUCCGUGCCCGGGUGGCCCGCGCCAUGUCCAUCCCCACCUCCCCGACCCGUGUCAGCUUUCACAGCAUCAAGCAGUCCACGGCAGUCUGA